GCACGCGAUCACUUCCCAGUGAGCCGGCAGGGGGAGCGCGCGUCCUUCUCCUCACUACUGUCUCCUUACUUACUGUUUCUAUUGCUAUAGUAUCGGCAGGCUGAGUGACGUAAACGUUUAUAAUACCAUCGGUGUCCGUGUGGUGUGCGUGUGGGGGCGUGGGAAGUGACUGCGUCGCAGGAACGACGGCGGCGUGCAGCGCGGCACGAGUGGAGCCAACACAAGAUAACCUUGCUCUUGCUGCAUUUAUUAUUCAGCGAGUGCGCCCGGCUGUAGCAAGGAUGGCGCCCUUUACAGGUAGUCAACAUGAAGCUGAAACAACUGAUUGACAAUGGAAACAUAGAGACAUUGAACCGGAUCAACUCAUCAGAUAUAAAUAGACGACCUCAAAAUAGGAAUUGGUCUGAUAUAGGCAGUUUAGAAUCUAGAGAUCACUACGAUAAUCUCAACACAUUAGAAACUUUGCAGUAUUUUGAGUCGAAUCACUUCCGAAACACAAAUUAUCGGAGCGGAUCGGAGCUAUUGACGAAUAGUGUGGGAACAAAUGCAGCUGAUAGCCUGCGAACAGAAGCAAGUGUGCUGAGUGGACUAGUAUGCAACCAGCAGUACAGACUCGACAAGGACGACGACCAUAACUUUGAGGAUUUGCGCAAUAAAACAGAAUUCGCAACCCUGGAGGGUGCCACAGAAAGUUUUCUCACUUCAUGUGAAAGUUUUAUUGCAAACAGUAAUGUUUCAACAUUGUCAACGCCGAUCGACGACGAGGAAAGGGCAUUUGAACAUUCUGAUACCGAAGAAACGUCUGACAAAGGCUCUCUGCAAGGCCCCCGCGGCAUUGUGAACCCCAACUACCCGGGGUUCCAACACCUAGCACAUACCUUACAGGAUUACUCAUCAAACAUAGAGAAUUAUUAUCAAUCUGAAAAUGAUAUGACUGAUGACGAUAUAGAUGUAGAAAUAACUGAUGCUACCUAUGAAAGUGAUAUUAAACAAAAUGAAAUGAGUAUUGAGUUAUCCAAUGUGAAUAACAACAACAAUACCAUUAUUACUGAUUCGCUAUUAAAUAAUCAAAAUGAUGGAAUAACUGAAAUUCUAGAAGAGCAAAACAAUCAAAUUCAUAACGAUAUACCUGAUUUAUUAAAAACGUUAUCACAUAACAAUAAUUCUGAUACAUUAUGCUUUGAUUACAAUUGCUCAGCUACAGAUAUAGAGAAUAAUUUUAACACAAAAGACAUCAUCGGAGAUUUCAAUAAAGAAAUUGAGGAUGAAAUAAAGCAUGUUUUAAAUUAUAAUAUAAACAUCCAAGACGAAAUAGAAGAAUUGAAAAAAGAUAUUCAAGAUAAUGUUACUAAACCUAUAGAAAAUACAAUAAACAACAUAAGCGACGUAGUAAAUCACGUUAUAAAAAAAUUGGUUGCGACCCAGUGUGAUAUUAACGAGUAUGAAGUGAACAGUCGCCACAAAUCAGAUUACGUUGAUGAUAAAUCGAUAGCGGAAAUUAGUGUUAAGGAAAAUGAAUCAAAUGCCUUAAAAGAGAUGAAUCAGAGCAGACCUACAUUUUUGUUAAUAGAGAGUAAUGUCAACCAUAAGAUUGCUGAUGCUCUCUUGUCAGAUGGAAAGGAGGAAAUUAAUAUAAGCGAACAAGAUUAUGACACAGACAAACUUAGUAACAAUGUCGAGAACACAAUAAAACAGCUUAGCACAGAACUGAGAAAAAUCAUUCCAAAAUUAGACGAACUCCGAGAUCGUGAGAAAUUAUUCGCACCAAAUAGAAGUGGUUUAAAUUCCGUGACAAUAACUGAUGGAAACUGUAAUCAAAUAGCGAAUGCCUCGAAAAAUACGAAGCCAUAUACGAAGCGAGUUGAAAAGUCACCAAAAGAUUCAAUAAGCAGAAGUACAAAGGAGAAUAAUGCUCCGACAAGAAAACAAGAAUUCAGAAGUAGAAAUAACCCCAGGAUAUCUAAAGACCGGCAGUGCGAUCUUCCUUCAAGUAGCUGUUAUGCUCACAACACAUCCGUCCAAAACAGUGAAGAUUGUGAUUUAGGAAGUUUUGACGUGUACAAUAUAGAAACAGCAUUGCCGACAUUAGACAUAGAUACAAUCGAAAGCCAUUUGAGAGCAGCAAAGGAAGCAGAAAGAAGAAAACGCAAUGACCGUGAGGAGAUCAGGAAGAGGUUGGCCAUGGGGGCGGACACGGAGGACUACUACAGUCUGGGACACACGGACCGACCACUCAAGAAGCCCAGUCUACAGUCUCGGUUACAGAGUGGAAAGAAUCUCCAAAUAUGUUUCAUGAAUGAAACAGCAUCAGACAAUGAAUCCCAGACCUCUGAUGCAGAAAGAAAUCUCAUCUAUAAUAAUAAAAACCUGUCUAAAUCAAGCAUCUUCAGCAAGUCUAACUAUAGUCUGAACAAUCAUCCAUAUCAGACUAGGCCUCUGUCUGUGAAUAUCUCCAAAAAUGACAGGAUCAGUACUGUGCAGAGUGGAGCAAAACUCCGCCCAUCAUCAUUGUCACUGUCAAAGAAGUCGAGAUCAACACAGUCCUUGGGGCAUGUUGAGGUGAGAGAGUCUGACUUCCUCGCGCUACAAGCAACUCUUCAAACAGAAGCCAGGAUGGCGCUUGCCCAGGCUAAAGAACUGGCUCGAAUUGAGAUGGAGCGCGAGCGACGUUGCCGCUCCGUGUCGCCGGUGACGGAGAUGCUGCGGCGCAGCAUGGAGGCGGCGGGCGCUCCGCUGGCGGCCGACCGGCGCCGCGUGUCGAGGCACCUGCUCACCGACAUGAACAUUGCGCAGCUACAGGUGAUAGUGAACGCGCUGCACGGCGAGAUCUCGGCGCUGAACGGCGAGCUGGUGCAGCGGCUGCUGGCGCGCGACGAGCUGCACAUGGGGCAGGACGCCAUGCUCGUGGACAUCGAGGACCUCACCCGAUACCUAGGCGUGAAGGAACAAACGAAGAAGACCAAGGGCACAACUAAAUCAGCGGUUCGGAGGCUAACGUCUUUCGUAAACAAGUAAAUACCAGCAAUAUUUAAAUUGCAACUGCAGUUCUCUCUAUGGGAACUAUUGAUGUAGGGUAAACCCAAAAAUGCUGAAUUAGAUAUUACAUUGUUCAAAGUUUCUAAAUUACUUUAAGGUAUCCGCUAUAUUGUAGACUAAUUGGGAUGUUUCAAAGGAAAAUGUAUGAGUAUCGUUGUGGUGCAGAGAGGUUUGUUUUUUGUAUAUUCUGUAUUCUGAUGGUAAAUUUUCACUCUGCAUAUUUACCAUUAUAAUUGUACCUAUUCUGUUUUGGAGAACAGUAAAUGCUUAUUAUCCAAACUCCAGUUUUACUAGGCACUGCGUCGGCUAUCGCUUUGGUACUGGUAUAUUUUCCUUGUAAACGGAACAUUUUUACUAUCUUCAUUCAUGAAUUAUGUAAACAGGUUACUUAUGCAUAGUGAAAUAACUCGGUCUUAUCAUAGAUCAUUCUAAUCCGUCGUAUUUCCUGUCUUUAAAUAAACUACCUACUUAUAUUGAAAAUGUAUAUUCACAUACAUAUUACGUCUGCUUUUGUAUACUUAGAUAAAAUUUAUCUUAUACCCACCUAGAGGAGUUGAACUAUGUAUUUUGUGAUUGAUUCGCAGUUAGAAGAGAAUAUUUUUUCAUACUAGUGCUCAUUGUUAGUGUAAUUACGUCGCCAUUAGAUCUGAGACUACAUAUUCGGUAAUUUCAAAAUUAUGUCUUUCUAUAAAUCUCUUUGUGAUUCAUAAUUACCACGGCAUAGCCAUGGUAACAUUACUCAUACCAUAUCAUAGCAGUAAAAUUUCAGUUUAUACCUAGUCUCAACUUUUGGCGGCUCCUUGUAUAAUGUAGUUCACCGUGUAUGGAUACAACUACCCAGUUCACUAAUUAUAUGUAUGUACUAGGUUCCUGUAUCCAUAUAUGUGAGUCGUACUUUAUAUGAACUUAAUCCGAGGCUUGAUAUUAGUAUAAUUUACUGUUUAAGAUAUUUGGGGUGCAGAAAAAUAUGUAUUUUUGUGUUGGAUUAAAGUUUUGUAUUAGCCUGAUGGCAGCUAAAUAUAUUUUCUGCCUUUACUUGCCAAAACUUUAAUCUGACUGGUUUAAUGUAUCUACAGUUUUGACGGAACGACCAAGUGAUAACCGAUGUGUGUCGAUAAUAGUGGGUAGUGCAUCUCUAGAGACAAUGUACUAUAUAGCACUAUCUCUAUAACACUACCAGGCUUUAUCUUCCGUAAGACAUUGGCUGAAGUUAACAACAGCAUGGUAAUAUUCUUGGACUUGGUCGAUGUGAACUGGUUGUUUGACUUGUUAGCGUAUUAUAUUCACAAGAAGUCUUAAAAUUAUUUGAGUUGAGAUCGAUUAUAACUUGGACGAACUGGUCAAAAAGUAGAUACAAUACAAAGUACAUAUUUAUCACGAUAUCUACGUAAUCAAUAUAUUCUUACGUAAAGUAUGAUGUAUAAUACAUUCUAUGUAUUUUAUGAUAUUACUUGGGAUCUCAGAGCAAUCCUCCCUUUGACUCUACCUUAAGAUAUAUAAUUUUAUAUACAUAAACUCAUUCUUAGUUCCUUUUUAAACUUUUGUUAUUUUAGUUUGGCUAGGUUUCCUUUAUAGUUACCAUUAAAUUUGGGCUGUUAUAUUAUCUUUAGAUUAAUCAAUUCCUUUUUAAUAUGGAACCUGGGUUGUGCUCGCAAGUAAUAAAAUGCUUAAACAUAAACAUCCUUGUAGUUAUCAGACUUUACGAUCAGCGUUUAAUAACGAUAUAUAAAAUCGUUGAAACCGGUUACAGAAUCCAACUUAAUCAAUGAAAACGUUGAGAAUCUGCUCGGGAAUGUUACGAGCCGCUACUCGGUACCAACUUUACGAGUUUCGUCGCGUAUUUUGCUAUUUUCACUUAUGUUUAAUUUAUUUUGUGUUGGUUUUAUUACUUGUAACCACGAUGCAAUGUCGGGACUUACACGAGCUUGAUGACGUGUUUAAAGAUUCAAUAAAAAUAUUUUAAUAAUUAUUUUGUUAAUUUGAAAUAUAUGGCAUAUGUCAUUAUUCUUUAACGUAUUCAUCCAUUGAUUUAAUUUAAAUUCACCUUGGUACGGAAAUAUAUACAAAAUAAGGUCUACCUAAUUACCCAUCUGGCUGAAAAAAAUAUGUCAGUCAUGUACAUAAGACAAUGC